AUGGCUUCCCCCGUCCCUCGCCUGUUGAUCAGGGCGAGGGACCUGACUGUGGGUGACAAGAAGCUUGGUGCGCUCACGACCAACUGCUGGCCCGAUGUCAUCGAUUGGGUGACCUCUGUGUACCUCUGCAUGUGUGUCUGUGUCAGGGGUUGGAGCAUUCGGUAUAGUGUACCAGGGCAAGUGGAAUGGUCUGGACGUGGCUGUAAAGAUCACAAAGAUGGAGAAAUUGAGGGAGGCCUCCCCACUUACCGGGGAGGAGCUUACCGACAGCGUGAGCAUCGCAGGGCGUGUCAAAUCAUGUGGCACACAGGCAUCAUGUGAUGCAGGAGCUGAUGGCUGGGGCGAUGGAGGAUGUUCUGUCCGAGGCUCAGGAGAUGCUUUACCUGCGACACCCCAACAUAGUGCAGUUCCUCGGUGUCUGCACGGACGCCAAGCACGGCCUCAUGAUCGUCUCAGGUCACCUCGGUUCAUUCAUCUGCUUCCUGACUGUGUGUCGCGUGUCCACAAUUCUCAGAGUUGUGUAAGGGCGGAUCGCUGGACAAAUAUUUGGCCAAGAACAGACCACUGCCGCCCGACGUGCGAGACAGAUUCGUGAGAGAGGUACAGCACAGCAGACAGCGUCACAUCUAGAUUUGUGUGUCGAUUGCCGUCAGAUAUGUGAGGGGGUGCAGUAUCUGCACGACCACGACAUCGUGCAUCGAGCCUUGAAGCCGGGCAAUAUUCUCGUAAGGGCAGACAACCUUCACCUCUCGGUCGAUGGCUGCAGCAUCUUGUUGUGUCUCGUGUCUGUCAGUUGGGUGAGCGUCUGGUGAUCAAGAUAAGUGACUUCGGCAUGACGCGGAAUGUUCAAGUGACGUUGAGCUCUUCUGCAGGUAGCAAGAGACAUGGGAUGGCGGAAUGCGGUGAGCGAGGUGCGUCUGUGUGUGUUGGUGCAUCCGUCCCUGGACUGCAGGCGGCAUUAAGGGAACCCCCAAUUGAAUGUCGCCUGAAUCAUUGGAUCCAGACAACUGUGAGUGCAAGAAAAGACGGUCGCCUUGGGAACUUGAAUCAUCGCCGGUGUGUGCAGUGGGGAAGCCCUCUAUGGAGGCGGACAUAUGGGCGGUUGGAUGCAUUAUCGCGCAGCUGUUUGGCGGUCAGCAGAUGCACUUUCAGUCAGAGACAGUAGCCUUCACUUGUAAUGUUCAGGCGGGCCUCCCUUUGAGGGCCAAGCACCUCUCAUCAUCAUCACCGCCGUUGUCGUCCGAAAGCAGGUGACCUGCCACGUUGACACAUGUUCACAGAUCCUCUGAAGUUCUCUUUCUGCCUACUUCUGUCAGACCCCCCGCAUCCCCGAUUCCCUGCCUGAGCACAUCAAGAGUGCCAUCAAGGUAAACCGAGAGCCCUUCUCGUGUGCUGCAUUUCCCUUCCGAUUGUGACGGUGAUCAGAGUUGUUUUGCCUUCAAGCCGGAAGAUCGCCCCACAGCCAAAGAGGUACCUGACACGCACCACUGGACAAACGCGUCGGCAUGUCGUAUCUGCUUGCCUGACUGUGGUAGUUGUUGGCCAAGCUGGGCAUUCCGGCGAGUCCGUCAAAGGGCGCAGGUCCACUGACGCUCCACUUUGACACGAGAAAGCCCCCAUUUGACUGCUUGACUGUGUGCAGACCCGGUGUUGGUUCCCCCUUCCCCUGUGUCUCCCGUUGACGUGCCUUCCGCUGGCGCUCCACCGAGUGUUCACACGAGCAUGGCCAGCACAGUGCCGGGGCCGCCGAGUACGGUCCAUCCAGCACAGGUCGGACUUGUGGUUGCGGAAGAGCAGACAGGUCGGUGUGGAAGGCACGAAGACAACACAUGGAGAGACAUACGACUGGUUAUCCAUGGUUUGUGUGUUGCAGCGCCCCCAGCCCAGCAGCCGUCAGUGAAGACACCGCCGAGCACCCCACAGCCGCAGAUCAAACACGUAAGGGACACAGCAGCUGAACCCCACAUGUCAACUGGCCGCUUUUCUCUGCUGGAUGUGUGGCAGGCUGACCUUUUCAGGGCCGCCGUGUUUGGCGAUGAGCAGUCGGUUCAUUUGCUCAUCGAGCGAGAGGGCAAGGAUAUACUCGACAAACGAGACGAGCUCAUCUUCAAGGCAUGCAAUCGUGACGACGAGAGAAAUACACUCAGUGGUCUGUCUGUGUGGUCUCGUUCUCGCACGCAGUUGACACCCUUCCUUUGGGCUGCCAACAAGGGUCACGUGGGCGUCAUGUCGGUCAUGUAUGAGAGCAAACCUGACGUACUGCAGCAAACAGAACAGGUACCGACCGACGUAGACAAACCACCCUGUGUGCGGCUGGUGAUGAUGAGGAGAUGUGUGUUGAGUGUGAUGGAAUGCAGUUUGGUAACACCGUCAUGCACUUAGCUGUCAACAGGGGCCAUGUCGCGAUGGUCAAUAAGUUGCUGGAGUGGGAUCCCAAACUGAUCGACGCACGCACCCCGGUAACAGAGCACACACAUGUCUCUCAAGCCUCUUCAUGCCGAUUGUGUGUGUGUGUGUGUGUGUUGAUUGCAGUCUGGCGAGACGCCAUUUAUGGAGGCUGCCAGAGAUGGUCAUGUCGAUGUGUUGGAGGCCCUGUAUGACAAACGAAAGGACCUGGUCACACAGAAAAACAUCGUGAGACACAGAAUGCCUCCCGCCUCAUCUGAUUGAUUGCCUUUCUUUGUGUGCAUGACACACACAGCUCGGCGAGACGGCGCUGCAUGAGGCUGCAGGCCAUGAUGAAAUUGAAGUGAUGAAGUUUCUGUACGAGAUGAACGGGUCCAUCCUGCAGCAAACAGGCCGGGUACCAACCUAAGCAUCUUCUGUGCUGCUGGUCAUGGUGAGAAGAUGUGUGUUGGCUGUGAUGGAAUGCAGAAUGGUAACACUGCCCUGCACUCGGCUUGCUGGGGUGGCCAUCUUGUGGCCGUCAAUAAGCUGCUGGCGUGGGAUCCCAAACUGAUCGAUGCACGCGACAAGGUAACAGAGCACACACAUGUCUCUGACACCUCAGCGUGUCGAUUGUGUGUGUGUUUUGAUUGCAGAAGGGCAGGACGCCAUUCAUGCAGGCUGCCAUAGGUGGUAACGUUGCUGUGUUGAAGGUUCUGUAUGCCAAACGAGGAACAAAGCUACUCACAGAGAUGGACAACGUGAGACAACACAGUCUUCUCUCACUGCUUGAUUGCCUUUCACUGUGUGCAUGACACACAAAGGACGGAAAAACGGCACUCCAUUUGGCUGCAAUCUGUGGCAACUCUGCGGCUGUGUCUCAGCUGUGAGCGACACACAUGAAUGACUGACGCGAAUGUCUCAUCCCCACUCUCUCUCUCUCUCUCUGUGUGUGUGUCAUUCUCAAAGGCUCAAGUGGGGCGGCGGUGCGCUGUUGGACAUCAAAAACAACUAUGUGAGUGCACACAGACAUUCACACCAUCGAUGGGCUGAGUGGUGUGCUCAUCUCAUCUCAUGACAACAGGGGGAGACGCCCUGGGACAAUGCAGAGGACGAGCCAGAGACCAGAAAGAUCAUGGAGAAGUACAAGCGCGCGUGUGGGCCUUGCUGUGUGAUCAUGUGA